AUGCUGGCGGCGCUGGCGGCGCGGGCGCGGGCGGCCGCCCUGCGCGGGAGGAGGCCCGGCCGUGCGCGCGGCCCGGGCGGCGGCCGGCGGCUGGGGACCGGCCCGCCGCCCGCAGCUACUGACAAUGUGAAGCCAUUGGAGGGUAUAAAAGUUCUGGAUCUAACAAGAGUAUUGGCAGGACCUUUUGCUACGAUGAAUUUAGCAGAUCUUGGAGCAGAAGUUAUAAAAGUGGAAAGACCAGGAGCUGGUGAUGAUACACGAACGUGGGGGCCGCCUUUUGUGGGGACAGAAAGUACUUAUUUUCUCAGUGUAAAUCGAAAUAAAAAAAGUAUAGCUGUUAAUAUCAAGGAUCCAAAAGGAGUGAAAAUCAUCAAAGAGCUCGCAGCUGUGUGUGACGUGUUUGUAGAGAACUAUGUCCCUGGCAAACUGUCUGCAAUGGGCCUGGGAUACGAAGAGAUAGACAGAAUCGCUCCUCACAUCGUCUAUUGUUCCAUCACAGGGUAUGGCCAGACAGGUCCACUGUCUCAGCGAGCUGGUUAUGAUGCUGUGGCCUCUGCUGUCUCUGGUCUGAUGCACAUCACAGGCCCUGAGGAUGGAGAUCCAGUUCGUCCAGGAGUGGCCAUGACUGAUCUUGCCACUGGCCUGUAUGCAUGUGGAGCCAUUAUGGCUGGAUUGAUACAAAGAUACAAAACUGGAAAAGGACUGUUCAUUGAUUGUAACCUACUGUCAUCUCAGGUGGCAUGUUUAACCCAGGUCGCUGCUAAUUAUCUUAUUGGCCAACAAGAAGCAAAACGUUGGGGAACAGCUCAUGGCAGCAUUGUUCCCUACCAGGCUUUUAAAACCAAGGAUGGCUAUCUUGUAGUUGGAGCAGGAAAUAACCAACAGUUUGCUACUGUGUGCAAGAUCUUGAAUUUGCCUGAACUGAUUGAUGACUGCAAAUAUAAAACUAAUCACCUUCGGGUACAGAAUAGAAAAGAGCUUAUUAAAAUAUUAUCUGCCCGGUUUGAAGAAGAAAUGACCAGCAAGUGGUUACAUCUCUUUGAAGGCAGUAAGGUCCCCUAUGGCCCAAUAAACAAUAUGAAGAAUGUAUUUGCAGAACCUCAGGUGAUACACAAUGGCCUCAUUAUGGAAAUGAAACAUCCAACUGUGGGGAAGAUAUCAGUCCCAGGCCCAGCUGUGAGAUACAGUAAGUUCAAGAUGUCAGAGGCCAGGCCACCUCCCCUGCUUGGGCAGCACACGACGCACAUCCUGAAAGAGGCCCUCAGAUAUGAUGACAAGACCAUCGCCGAGCUGCUCAAGACUGGAGUAGUGAACCAACAUGAAGCCCAGUGA